UAUCGCACAAGUGAUAUGUACAAAGACAAAUUAAGUCUCCAACAUGAGCCUGUUUGCGUUUGCCCCACCCUGGAUACCAUUUCCAUGCGUUAUCUUAUCUGCUUUUAUAUCAUAUGUGGCAUUUUACUCAUCACAUUCGGUUCCAUUAUGGUCUCCACCAUCAAAGACUUUUCGAGCAUGGAUGAGACUUUCACAGCCAACAGCGUGGCCAUCAUAAUCCUGGUCCUGGGCUGCCUCAUCUUCCUCGUGGCGUUCAUGGGCUGCUGUGGAGCCAUUCGCGAGGAUGCUUGUUGUCUGACCACGUACUCCAGUGUGAUGAUGGUCCUGCUGAUCAGUCAGCUGGUUUUGAUCAUCUACGUUUGGGUGGACCAUGUACAGAUCCAGCAAUCCCUGGAGAAAAUUGUGGAGACUAUUUGGCAGCAGCGCAAGACGGACAGCAUUCUCCUGGACACCAUGCAGCGCACCUUCAAGUGCUGCGGUCUGCAUAGAUUCUCCGAUUACGGCGUCUCAUACCCAGCUUCCUGCUGUGACUCACCCAGCAAUGGUACUUGUGGUCUGACGGCGGUCAUGCUGCGCCCUGGCUGCUUGGACGCGGUUGACUCGUUCUGGGAUACCAACGUGAAUAUUAUCAAAUACGCCGGUCUGGGUGUCACAGCCAUUGAGCUCGUGGCCUUUAUAUUUGGUUGCUGCUUGGCAAAUCAAACGCGCAACUCCGCGAGACGCCAGAACUAUUAAGCUCCAAAGUAUUAACUGCUAAGACACAUCUCCUAUUCAUGAGUUAAAUAAAUCGUAAUACACUUGAAAUACGAACGUUUUCAAGUUCAUAA